GAAGAAGAGAGAGAGUCGCGAUCGGUUCCCUCGACGUCGAAGAGACAUGUUCCGCCGACUCCUCACGCAGAGUCCACGCCGCAGCGCAGCCACCGGCCUCGUCGCCCUCACCGCGCUUUAUGGCGGAGCCGCCCUUGCUCCCUCCUCGUCCGCCACGCCUGAUGUAGUCAUUUCGAUCUCGGCUCCGUUGCGGCAGUUCCUCUCCUCGACGUCGGAUCUGUUCUUGCGAGACUUCACUCUUUCAUAUCUCUUCUCAACCCCUUCCGGAGGUUUAAAUUUCAAGCCAAUAUUUCCUUCUUCUAUUCCGCUGUCGGGUUCAAGUAAGGAGACUUCCAGAGAGAGCCGGGAUGAUGGGCCGAGCUCCCCUGGUUGUAUGCAGAGCGACACUAUUGCCAAGGCGGCUGCUGCUGCCUGCCCUGCUUUGGUGCAUGUAUCUGUCGCUCAAGGUCCGUAUGGAUCCGGCACAAUAAUUGAUCCAGAUGGAACGAUCUUAACCAGCGCGAGCUGCGUGGCAGAAUCCCUCAACUCGAGAAAGGUUUCUAAAAGCAAGAUUGGUGUAACUUUACAAGAUGGCCGUGAACUUGAGGGCACAGUGGUCAUUGCUGAUUUCCUUUCAGACAUCGCCAUUGUGAAGAUACAAUCUGAAACUCCACUGCCAACGGCUAGAAUUGGAUCGUCAUCUAAGAUUCGUCCAGGCGACCAGGUUAUUGCCUUGGGAACCCCACAAGCUCUGCAAAAUACAAUCACAUCAGGCAUUGUAAGCUGCACUGAUCGGGAUAGCAAUGACUUGGGGCUUGGAAGUGUUCGAAGGGAGCAUCUGCCAACAGAUUGUGCAAUUAAUACGGGAAGUCUUGGAGGACCCCUUGUGAACCUUGAUGGCGAGGUUGUGGGUGUCAACACAGCAGAUGGAAUGAGCUUUGCAGUGCCAAUCGAUAUAAUCAUGAAAAUUAUUGAGCAAUUCGAAAAGAAUGAAAGGGUAAUCCGACCACGGCUUGGAAUGAAGGUGCGUGAUCUUAAUGAAAGGAAAAUUGCACAUUUUAAGAAAAAAGAUGCUUCCUUUCCGGACGUAAUCAAAGGUGUGCAAGUAUGCGCGGUAAACCCGGGAUCCCCAGCUCAGCAUGCUGGACUUCGGCCAGGUGAUGUGGUCAUCGAGUUUGACAAGAAACCCGUUGGAACCGCUAAAGAGAUCAUAGACAUCAUGGAGGAUCAGGUUGGGAAGACUUUGGAAGUGCUCAUAAAACGAGCAGACAAUACAUCCAUGACGUUGACUGUAAUGCCCAAGGAAGCCAAAACUAUGAUUGACCUACCUCAAGAAAUGUUAGAGGAUUUCUCCACUAAAACUGUCUUAAGGUAA